AUGGAAGAGAAGAUUGUGUAUUAAAUGAAGAAGAAGUAAUAUAUUAAUAAAAUAUUAUUAUAGAAAAAAGGAUUGUAAAUUUGGUAAGAAAAGUAAAAAAUUGAAUUUUAAGAAUAACAAUUACAUAAAUUUGGAAUAUUUUCAUCUGAAUAUAAAACUAUCACUCUUUUACUUUGGUUAAUCUUUGUCUUAACUAACCUUUAAAGUAUGACAAUUUAUGUUUUAACACCAUUCUUAUUAGCUCAAAAAAAUUCAGGAUUUGGUCCUAUGCUUAUUUUAUUUAUUAUUGAAUUCUGCUUUUCUAUUGUAAUUUAUCAUUUUAUAGAUAAUCCUCAUUAUGGUGGUAGGAUUAAUAUAAUUGCCUAUUCAGGAUUUGCUUUAUUAUUAUCAAAUGGAUUGUUAUUUAUAUUUUAAGAUAAAUUUCUCUAUCUUGGCUUAUUUGUCAUUAAAAUAGCAACAAGAGGAUUGUUUUCAACUAUAGGUAUUUUAGCUUGUGAAAGUUAUCCUUUAUAUCUAAGAUCAUAAGGAUGUGGUAUAGCAUAGGCAAUAGGUAAAAUAGGAGUUAUCCCUUCUCCAUAUUUUUUAUUUCCUUUAUUAUUUUUUGAUCCAUAUCUGCCUUUUUUAUUAAUGGCAUUAUUGUCAAUUUUAAUUUUGAUCUUUGCUUAUGUUUUUAAUAAAGAUAAAACUUAAAAACCUUUAGAAACUUUAAAAGAAGAAUGA